AUGUCCGAUACUGGUACGAACGGGGACUUUGACCCGUCCAAAUUGGAUCCCGCGUUGCUUGCAACAUUCCCUGCCUUAACACCACCUUCUGGUGUUGAACCCAACUUCAACAAUCCUCGGUCCAUAGCGUAUCAAUGUCAGGUUGCCGUUUAUGUUCUACUGCCUAUAAUGUUAGUCCAUGUGGUGCUUCGCAUAUACACACGCCUGCAGGUAAAGAACUCGCUCGGUAUUGACGACUAUAGUUGUGCUGUAUCCUCGUUGAUGAUGACAGCUUAUUGCUCGAUAAUCCUACGCAGUCCGCAUCAAUGGGACGUAAGACUAAUAGACCUGACGGAGUCUUUCGUGAAGAUGUCGACUACACAGUUCAUCAUGUACUCCUUCACUGCAACUUUCAUCAAACUAAGCAUCCUCCUCCUCUAUAGGCGGCUGUUCUGGAUCCGAGAUUCAGCACGAUAUAUGAUCUGUAUCGGAAUGGUCGUGACAGCUCUCUUCUACCUGGCCUGCUUUAUAUCCUCCCUAAUCCAUUGCGUCCCGCGACAUGGAGAAGGUUGGCUGUCUCAAGAAUCAAAACAGCGAUGUGCCCAACCGGAACUCGAAGUAUCUGUGGUACAGGGAGUCUUUGGUGUCAUCAGCGACUUCUAUCUCUUGUUGAUACCAAUGUUGCAGGUUACAAGACUUCGGGUUACUACCUCGCAAAAGAUUGGGCUGGCUGGUCUAUUCCUUACAGGACUCCUGGCUUGUAUCUGCUCUGUUACUCUCUGCAUCUAUAGAUUCCGUCAGCGCGGAACUGAUGAUUUCACGUACAUGAGUGUCCCCGUGUACACAUUCGCUGUUGCAGAACUCAACGUGGGAAUCAUAUGCUCAUGCAUGCCUGUUAUUUUCGUGGUCGUCAAGAGCUUCUCGAAGAAGGUCACAUCGACUAUUAGAGGACGUUCAUCAGGAAGCAGAUCGGGUGAACUUCCGACCGAUGGUGUUCCUCCCAACUGCUCAUCUGAAGCUAAACCGUUGAAGCCGCUUCCCGGUGUACCUAGGGGUCAUCUCUCCACGCUCAUGUCAUUUAUCCGGAGUGGGCGUCGGAACAAUACUGAGGCAGGCUCGCUGGUAAAUGGGGACUUGAUUCUAACGAACAUGUCUGAUUUUGACCCUCGUAAAGAUACGUACCAUGCACACAUUCAGUCCAUUGAAGACAGAGCAUAAUGGCCGUGGGAUGCUCAAAAUGAGAGGCUGACACGAUGGACAUGGUGCUUCGGCUCAGCACUAGUAUUGAAAGGAAAGACGGUC